UCUACAAUUUUGCCCAUGGCGAUUCGGCGUCGUAUAUUCAACAGAAAAUACCUAAUCGCCGGCGCAGCCUUCUCUACCGCCGCCAUUACAUUCCAAACCCUAAACCCUAACCCUAACUCCACCCAUUCCCCUUUCAUAAACGGCGUCGUUCGCUCCACUCGAGCACUCAUAACCAUCACUUCCAACAUCAUAGACUAUAAAUACUCAUUAUACAACUUCAAUCCUAACACUAACGAGUAUCGCCUUGCUCUCGCUGAACUACAUUUAAGGUCAGCUAAGAGAAUUUUAACUAUGUGUGAUGUGAAUAGAGGUAUUUAUAUCAAAGCAGGUCAGUUUGUUGCAUCCAUUAGACAAGUACCAAAAGAAUACUCAACAUUACUUUCAUCAUUACAGGAUCAAGCUAUUCCUAUGCAGUUUAACGCAAUUAAACAAGUGCUAAUCAGUAAUUUAGGUCAAAAUUGUUUAUCAGAGAUGUUUUUAUCGUUUGAUGAGGUACCGGUUGCUGCUGCAUCUAUUGCGCAAGUACACCAUGCUGUUUUAGUGAAAGAUCGUAAGGAAGUUGCAGUUAAGGUGCAGUAUCCCGGAUUAGAGUAUCAAAUGAAAUUUGAUCUUGGUACCAUGGCUUUGUUGUCGAAAUUAGUGGGAUGGAUUUUUCCUGAUUACAGGUUUAACUGGCUUGUAUCGGAAUUUGAGAAAUCUAUUGCUUGUGAACUUGAUUUUAUUGGAGAGGCUAAAAAUUUGGAGAGAAUUCGCAAAAAUUUUAAGGAUAAUAGCAUGGUUAGGGUUCCUAAUGUGUUUUGGGAUUUUACGACGAGGCAAGUUUUGAUGAUGGAGUUCUGUAGAGGUUGUAAGGUCGAUGACGUGGAUUUUAUGAAGGAAAGAGGAAUUAGCACGGUUAAGGUUGCGAAAGCUUUGGCUGAAAUGUUUGCAGAAAUGAUUUUUGUUCACGGUUUUCUGCAUGGAGAUUUACAUCCUGGUAAUAUAUUGGUUUCACCUGAAGGGAAGAAUGGAUUUAGUUUAGUGCUGUUGGAUUUUGGGAUUUGUAAACAGUUGGAUGAGGAUUUCAGAUUGAAGUAUUGCCAGCUUUGGGAGGCUUUGGUAGUUAUGGACUCUACGAGAAUUCAACAGAUAGGAGAAUACUUUGGUGUUGGGAAAUACUCCAAAUAUUUUCCUGUUAUAUUUACGGGGAGAACUAUUGACAGUAAAUCGGCACUUGGGAGCGGAAUGUCUGCUGAAGAAAAGAAGAACUUGAAGGAGGAUUUGAAGUCUCUUAAAAUGGAAGACAUAUCUUCCUUCAUGGAAUCUCUGCCUACCGAUUUUCUCACAGUAUUGCGGACCGAUGGGCUCUUAAGAUCUCUGACCAGCAAGUUGGGUGCUCCCUUGAGAGUUCGGUUACUAGCAUAUGCUGAAUAUGCACUAUAUGGACUUUCGUUGAAUGCUGACUCUAAAUCUGAUUCUGCCAUAGGAGUUAUGCUCUUUAGAUUCAAGACUGGCCUUCGAUACGUCCAAUUAAGACUCCUCUUUGGGAUAUUGGGGCUUGUUUCAUGGCUUGAAAGCAUCAAACGGAGGUUUAAAGAUUUACUUGCCUCAGCUGGUUAUGUGGUUACCGCUAAUCUUUAGAAAGUGGACUUCCUUGAAUCAUUUCUAACUUAAUCUAAUUGGAUCACUGAAAAUGCUAUUCCUUGGGGAGCUGUUAUGCUGCAAUUGCAGUGUACAUGAUGCGAUAGCAGCAAGCCAUUUCUUUAACUUCUGUUAUCACAACUCCAUUCCCUGCGAAGUGCGAUCCUUUGCUGUCCUCAAGUGUUGGUUUGGCUUUGAGACUCUUGAAACAUCAAAGGUAGUGGAUUGGCCUUGAUUCUCCCUGAGAAUUAUUAUAGCACCCUCCGAGGCAUGCUUGAUCAAUCCUUGUAGCUUUUGUAGUCUCUUAACUUGGGUCUUUGUUAGCUGCUUGCUUGAGGUGUAACAACGAUCUGGUCAACACCCCCGGAGUGGUUAGGUGGAUCUCCAUCAGCCCCCUUGUUUGCGAAGAGAAGAACUUAGAUUUUCCAGCAAUAAUGAUGCAGAAUUUCACUGUAGAGAUGCAGAAGUGGAUACAAUUGAUCCAUUAUCACCAACCCAUUCACCUUGACAGCUCAAGCAAGAACUUUGAAUUCAUGUUGUCUAAGGUUUUCUGAAUAUCAAGCUAACAUAAUAAAUCAUGUUGUCUUGCUUCUUUCUCAUGUGCAGUAUUCAUACACAACUAAAACUGCAUCAGUGAUAUGCCUGCCUCAAAUAAAUGCCAACUGAGUAUCUGAAAUAGUCUGCUUACGACCAUUCGAACCUUUCUGGGAAGAGCUUGGCCACUGUCUUAUAGAACUCCAACCUAGGUAUGAAGGCCUCCAAUCCACCUGCUCUUUGUACAGGGUCAUCUGGAACCUGAUGAUUCCUCCCUGAUGCAGUCAGAUCUUCAGAUAUUUCUCCAUUUACUUUUAGCUGAUAAUGUGGUUACAUCUGGGGUAGAAAUUGGGCCAUCUUAUGAAAAAAACUUUGGUGUUUUUAUCCCCAACUGAAGCUAGAGAUCUUUUGACUUUUGCCAUCGAGAUAUCUCCUCUGAUUCUUGAUAUAAAUUGAUAGCAGGCAGAGCGAGCAAGAAUUACAGUGACUAAGAGUCCAGGUAUUCUACUCUAGCUUUUUCAAUGGUGUGAUUUUAUCCUGGAUCAUUGGCAAAAGGGAAGUCAAUCGCCUUUUAUGCUCAGUUAUUGUUGGCGGUUUGAUUAACAAGGCACUAGCUUGGGAAUAUGAGAAACAGAAGUUGUUUCCGUACGAUGGGGCGAGAUUGGUGUCAAUAUUGGAGGAUUACAAAGUGAGUCGUCAGCAGAAAGAAGAUACAAAGAAAUGGCCCGUGUAAUGUCGCGUGAUGUGUGGGUUAGGCGCAUUUCACAAGUUUGAACCCCUGCCGUGAACAAAAGCCUGUAUUUAAGUGGGGGUAAAUUAUCACGCCCAUUAUCCACUGAGUUGCAAACCGUGCUCCCCUUGCCCUCGGGAAUUUCUCAAUUAUCAAAAAAGGAGAUGAUCACAUUAAAGGACCUCAAAACUUGUGAAUACUGAAGGGAGUGUGCACUACUGUAAUGCUGUUGACAUUAUAUAGGUGCUACAAGCUGGUUAGUGGUUCCUAUAGAGAUUGAUGUGGAUAAUAUUAGGAACAUGGAAGUCCUCUGUUUGAUUAGAAUUUCACUAUAUGGAUCUUGAACUUUUUCUUUUGUGGGUCAUUAGCAUGUUAAUAUAGUGGAAUCUGAUUGCCAUGAAUUAAUCAGAGGAUUCUUUCAAUUCUUUCAUUUCCCAGAGAAUGCAUCUUUCUACCAUUGGAAAA